UUCGUGGCCGCCUUCGUGCAUAAAGGCAACUUUGAACCAUAUGUUUUGGUGUUGAGUUUUUUGUUACUUCCUCACGAGUAACAACGGUUCUGUCCACCCCCAAUACAUGGUCUUACGAGCCGUUUGUACUGAACGGCGAUUUCAUUGUGUCGGAAGUCUUUUACUUGCAUUUUCUUGAGCAUUGUUCUGUUUGUCAAUUAUGCUGAGACGCGGUGCACUUAAUGGCCGCUUUGUUUCUAGUCUUUCGUUGUUUCGUUCACGACUUUUUCGGCAACAAAUACGGUAUGUAACUGUGAAACAAAUUCUUGGAAAAAAUCGACCACUUCCAAUUUGGCAUCCAGAAUCUCCGGACUUUUUACCGUCACCAUUGGGUCCUUCUCCAUUGGAAGACUUUAUUCAUGAGACGGUUGAUGCAGACAUUCUUGUCGCGGAUUAUCGCCAUACCGAGGAGGACAUAAGUCCUCGUAAAAGAAAUAGCGGUUUUAUUGAUCGGUAUAACCGUUGGGAUGGAUCGUCUCCAUACCAUAAAAAUCGGAUCUCCAAACCAUUACCCGAUAAGAAACCUCUUUUACCACUACCAACGAACUUGACACACAAGAAUGUGCCGCGUCUUAAGAACAUAGUACUCAGUACUAUGGUUAAAGAGGCAAUUGCGAAAAAAGAAGUUCUUUUAAGCUCAGUCAUGGCUUUUCGGUCUAUUACCGGUGUUCAUCCUGAAAUUCUUUAUGCUAAGAAGGACGUCGCAGUAUGGAAACUAAGAAAAGGGGCACCUGUUGGUGUUAAAGUUGUUUUAGAAGGUGAAAACAUGUACAGCUUUCUUGCUGUCUUGGCUCAACUCGUCCUCCCUCGUGUCAGGGAGUUUAACGGGCUGUGCAACAACAUUGGCGAUCUUACAGGGAACAUAACCAUCGGGUUUCCCGAGGGCGUUCUACCUUUGUUUCCACAAAUCGAAAAUAUUCAUGAUAUGUUUCCCUGCAAACUCCCGGGGUUUCGGCUUUCGUUCGUCACUACCACUAACGAAACCCAUCUUGCUCGUUUUCUGUUGAGUAGCUUCAUUCCCUUUGAUGAAAAGAAGACGACGAAAAGGAAAGCGUACUAAGGAACACAGAGAUACUAAUUCAUGUUUUUAUGUCCUUCAUUUUGUAUGUAGUAGUAUAUGGAGCUAGUUUGCAGUAACACUGUGAGAAAC